CAGGGCUCAGGCAGGCGCUCGCGGCUCCGUGGCGCUUCCUGCCCCGCCGGGCCUGCUUGUUCCACGCCAGCUCCACUUCUGCGAAGGCCCAGAGUCACCGUGGGCCGGGUGAGACCUUCACUACUGGACUGAUCUCUUGGCACUGUUCUAAAAUGAGAUGAGCCAUCCAUGUGUCUUUUUUAGGAUUUGGUGUCAUUUGAUACUGUACCGUGACACGUCAUAGAACAGGAGUGGCUGAAUUUGAGUCUGAACCUGGAGCAGCAGGCGCUGACAUAUUUCAGGGCUGUGACCUCUGUUGGAGUUCCUGUUGUGAAUCCUGUUUUGGUCUCUCAGCUGUCACAAGGACAAGUUCUGUUGGUAUCAGCUCCAUCCCUCAGCACAGAUCACACUAAGCAUCCUGAAAGCACCUCUGUGACUUCCUACCAGAAGAUGGGUGAAGAAGCCCAGCUGCAAGAGAUGGUGUCUACAAGCUCCCCGAGGGCCAAUGACCCCAACGCUGAGGUCAAACAGAAUGGGGACUCUGGGGGAAGGGGAGGGAGCCCACAAAAUCUGCCCAUAGAACACCAUUUUGCAUGUAAAGAGUGUGGGGACACCUUCCGCCUUAAAGUGCUCCUUGUUCAGCACCAAAGGGUUCACAGUGAGGAAAAGGGCUGGGAGUGUGGCGAUUGCAGGAAGGUCUUCAGGGGGGUGUCAGAAUUUAAUGAGCACAGGAAGAGCCAUGCAGCUGUGGCCACUCAGUCUCUGCCUGGUCCCAGUUGGGCUCUGGAAGAUGCCUUGGAAAAGAGGGAGCAAAUGGAGAGGGAGGCGAAGCCCUUUGAGUGUGAGGAGUGCGGGAAAAGGUUUAAGAAGAAUGCAGGCCUUAGUCAGCACCUGAGGGUGCACAGCAGAGAGAAGCCCUUUGAUUGUGAGGAGUGUGGGCAGUCCUUCAAAGCCAACACCCACCUCUUUCGACAUCAGAAGCUUCACACUUCGGAAAAGCCCUUUGCGUGCAAGGCGUGCAGCAGGGAUUUCCUGGACCGCCAAGAACUUCUCAAGCACCAGCGGAUGCACAUGGGCCACCUGCCCUUCGACUGUGAUGACUGCGGCAAGUCCUUCCGUGCUGUCAACGGCCUGGCAGAACACCAGCGCAUCCACAGCGGGGCCAAACCCUUUGGCUGUCCUCAUUGCGGCAAGAUGUUCCGGAGGAGCUCAGAGCUCACCAAGCACCGGAGGAUCCACACUGGUGAGAAGCCCUAUGAGUGUGGCCAGUGUGGCAAGGCCUUCCGCCAGAGCUCUAGCCUGCUGGAGCAUGCACGCAUCCACAGUGGUGAGCGGCCUUAUGCGUGUGGUGAGUGCAGCAAGGCUUUCCGGGGGCCUUCUGACCUCAUCAAGCAUCGGCGCAUCCACAGUGGACUGAAGCCCUAUGAGUGCGAAAAGUGUGGCAAGGCCUUCCGGAGGAGCUCAGGUCUGAGCCGCCACCGUAGGAUCCACAGUGGGGCCAGGCGCUGUGAGUGCAGUGAGUGUGGCCGCGUGUUCAAGAGGCGCACAGCGCUGCUAAAACACCAGCCCUCCCAUCAGGAGUAAACACUGCCCUGGGACCCAGAGCAGGGGUCCGCAGAGUCCAUGACCCAGUCAAAGGAGAUAAACAGUUUUGCAGUGCUUAUCUAUUUUAUUGUGUGAGAGGUUGAAAUGAUUGUACUGCCACCAGCAAUUUAUAAACGUCAAUGUUUCCCAUUACACCUAUUGAGGGUAACUUUUACCAUUUGAACAUAGCUUGGCUACUUUUCCUGGCAGAAAGUACUGUCAAGGUAUUUCAAUCCUCAUAUCCAAAAUGAGAAGAGAAAUCUGCAUAUGGGGUCUAGUAGGGAGCUGGGAGGUCCUUUCCAAGCUCCACCUCUAAGGGAAAUAUAGCCCUGUUCAAUGGCAUCAAUAUGAUGAUACCUUUCUUUAAGGAAAAAUUGCCCUAAGG